UAAUCCUAAACUUAACCACCAAGUAAUUAUUUAUUCUAAUAAUUAUAUCUAAUAUGAAUAUGGUAAUUAUAAUAGAAACCCGUGGAAAGUAGGUUUGUAUCACACCCUUCCAUAUAUGGCGUCGCCAUGUCCUCUAGAUCUGCUGAGUUCUCUCUGAUCUCAUGUCUCUCUCUUUCUAUUACUCCCUCAUGCUGUCUUUCUCUAGAACAAAUAUGUUUUUUGAAACUCAUAUCUAAGUUCUGUAUUCUAGUAUUAGUUGGCAUUGGAUUGGUAUCUGUCCAUCCGAACUAGUAUUAUUUCACUUUGGAUUGGUAUCCAUCCGUCUGAACUAGUAUUGUUUCUUCUUGGGUUGGUAUUAGUCUGGUUGAAUUGAUAUUGUUUCACAUUGGAUUGGUAUUUUUGAAGUGGUCUAAACUAGGGCUGACAAACGGUAAUCCGGUAACCGAUUUACCGUUUUAUCGAACUGGUAACCGUCGGUAAACGGUAAACCGAUUACCGUCGGUAUCGGUAUCCUGUUGCGCGUGGCGACGAUCCAAUUUACCGGACACAGGCUCGGUAUUUACCUUCGGUAAAUCGGUAAAUAUCGAAUGGGGAACCCUGCGUUUUGGGCCAAAGUGAAACCCUAGUUCAGCCCUGCGCCCCUGCCCAAAACGCGAAAAUGCGCCUCCUUCGUCCUUCAUUCGCUUCGCAAAUUCACCCUUCGGCCUUCGUCCCUUCCCCUUUGCACGCAGAUUCGCCAACGCAGAAGUGCAAAAGGCCGCCUCCACAUCGCCCGCCUCCUCUCUUUCUCCAGUCCGCUUCUCCGGCCGCCUCUCCUUCGCCCGCCGCCUCACCCGCCGCCUCUCCUUUUCCACUCCGCUUCUCAUCGCCGGCGAAGAAUGAGGCAUUGACUCUCCCUCGCCGACGCAGCUUCAAAGAAGGGGAAGAGGGUGAAGAGCGAGCUUCAUCCGCCAUUCCUCCUCCAGUUGCGGGCCGCCACCUGCCCUGACUCUCCCUCGCCGACGCAGCUUCAAAGAAGGGGAAGAAGGUGAAGAGCGAGCUUCAUCCGCCAUUCCUCUCCAGCCAACAGGCCAACAGCCAACGCCCAACAGGCCCCAACGCAAACCAGCAAGCAGCAACUCAGCAAGUCAACAACAACCAACAAAAUCAAGUCCAAAACAAAAUGUAUGUAAUUGAAUUGUUGAAAUAUUGAAUUUGAGAUUGUGUUUUGUGUGAAUUGAGAAUUUGGUGUGAAUUGAGAAUUUGAUGAAACAUGUUCCAUAUUGAUGUAUGAAAUGAACAUGGAUAUGUUCCAUUAUUGUUGUAAACAUGUUCCAUAUUGAUGUAUUCUGGAUUUCUGGUGAUUGGUGAAGAUUGGGGACAAUGGGACUAGUGGUUUGAAGAGCCAUCACCUAAUGUGCGAGAGGAAUGCGAGGAAGCUAGUGGUCAGUCGGUAUAGAAUUAUCAACCUGGAAGUGGAGAUGGUGAGGUAGGCUCUCUUCAUGGAAGUUUGAUCAGAACAAAUCUAGACACACAUUAGCUAUGAUGAUAAUCUUGGAUGAGCUUCUGUUUAGAUUUGUUGAGCGGGAGGGGUUUAGGAGAUUUAUGGCAACAACUCAGCCUUUGUUUGUGAUACCAGGAAGACAAAUAAUAAGAUCUUAUUGUUAUG